AUGCAACGGAAGUACAUUAUUGACCUGCUCGCCAAAGUGAAUAUGCAGGAAGCUCAGCAUGUUUCCACGCCUCUCGCAACCUCUCCGAAGCUCUCGCUUACCUCUGGUCAAGUGCUCGACAAUCCGAAGGAGUAUCACAUGGUGAUCGGUAGUCUGAAAUACUUGGCUUUUACACAACCAGACAUGCACCGUCCCACGGAUGAACACUGGAAGGCCGCAAAACGCAUUCUCCGAUAUCUUGCUGGUACUCUCUCAUAUGGUAUCUACAUACGGAAACACUCUCCUCACACAGUGCAUGCGUAUUCGGAUGCGGACUGGGAUGGAGACAGCGACGACUAUGUCUCCACCAAUGCAUUCAUUGUCUAUAUGGGUUCUACGCCGAUAGCAUGGGAGGAUGAAGAUAUGGAGUGA